UUUGGAGCUUGACAGGCCCCACAUUGGAGGUUUAAGCUACCCCGCACCGUGGGGUCAACCACGCCGCAGAACUUCGCAACGAUGGCUCCGAAGCUUCAAGAAUCGCGAAUGCGCUGGCCGUGGAAAGUCUUAGUUCGUGCAUCGCUGCCAUUAUUAAUCCGUCAGGGAGGAUUUCCGGCUAAUAUUGGAUACCAUGCUCUUCCAUGUGAGAUGCAACAUUGAUCCUUGAGAUUAUUUUCUUGUCUUCAUCUUGACAAGAAUUGAAGUCAGUCUCCUCGUCCGCCAACGAAGAUGAUAUCCCAGAAGAGCUCGCCAGAGCCACUCGCAGCGCACUUGCGCCAGAUAGCGGGUCGUGUUGGAAUAGCUCAACUGCUGCUCCUUCUCUUGGCUGGUGGGCUUACAUGGCUCCUCGUUGACUAUGCACGCAUGCUUCUCCUACGAAGAAAGAUGCCACCAGGACCAUUCCCCUACCCCAUCAUCGGCAACACAUUCCAGCUUCCAGACAAGAAACCAUGGAUCUACUUCGAACAACUGGCCAAAGAAUACAACUCCGGCAUAAUAACCUUUUGGAUCGGACGGAAUCCCACCGUUUGGCUGAAUGAUGCACAAACAGCAUCUGAUCUCCUCGAUAAACGCGCUGCAACAUUCUCAUCGAGACCCCAUAUGGUGGUGUUUGGCGAUCUAGCGUUUGGGCAGGCAAGUCUGGUAACGAUGUAUUAUGGGGAUAGAUUUCGCGUGCAUCGGAAGCUAACUCACAUGGGAGUGGGAAUGCAACAAGUGAGAGGAUAUCAGAAUUUGCAAAGCGAUGAGAAUAAAGUAGUACUUUAUGAUUUACUCACAGACUCAGAGAAUUAUGUUACGCAUUUUGAAAGGUACGCUGCGAGUGUGGUGUCGAUUAUUGGGUAUGGGCGUAGGAUAUCAAAGGUUACGGACCCGAUCAUCACCGAGGUCAUUUACCUCAUGCAACGAGCUGCAGAACACAACGUGCCGGGAAAGUCUUUCCCGAUGCUGUUGGAAACAUUUCCGAUACUGGCAAAAUUUCCAAAAUGGAUGGCACCAUGGAUGAAGAAUUUCCGCAAGCCGCGUGCGAAAAACUUCUUUUACGCAUUGGCAGAAGAGGCAGCAACGAAUCCCGAUGGCAAUGAUUGCUACUCGAAGAAACUGUUUGAACAAGGACCGAAGUACAAUCUCUCAGAUGUUGAAUUAUCGACACUUUCGGGUUCUCUGUUUGGUGCGGGGAGUGAUACUUCCAGCUCGACACUUGUUACCUUCGUAUUGGCAUGCUGCGCAUUUCCCGAGACAUUAACGAAGGCAUGGGAAGAGCUAGAUCGAGUUGUAGGUCCCCAUAGAAGUCCAAACUUCGAGGAUGAAGCAAAUCUAGUGUACGUGAAAGCGUUGGUGAAAGAGGUUCUGAGAUGGCGGUCUGUGGCCAUUAUUGGAGGACAACCCCAUGCGCCAAUCCAAGACGAAAUAUACAAGGGUUGGCUGAUUCCGAAGAACACCUGGGUUCAAGGGAACGUCUGGGCCAUUCACAGAAAUGAGCGAGAAUUUCCAGAUCCAGACAGAUUUGAUCCGGAGCGAUACUUGAAAGAUGGCGCCAAUUCGAGACCGUUCCCGAACGAGAGAGGCUAUAUGACGUUCGGCUGGGGAAGAAGAGUAUGUGUAGGGCAAGCUUUGGCCGAACAAGGGACAUUCAUCAGUAUAGCUCGCCUGCUGUGGGCUUUCAAUAUUCAGAAAGCUUUGGAUGGGAAUGGGAAUGAAAUUCCGGUAGACAUCUUCGACUAUACGGAUGGGUUGAAUAUCCGCCCGAAUCCUUUCAAAUGCAGAAUAACUCCUCGAAACGAUGAAAUUCGACGGACAAUCGAGAGGGAAGGCAAGCAGGCUCAAGAGGACUUGGCAAUAUACAAUGGAGAAACGAAGUACAGAAUAACCACGUAUCGCGAGACAGAAUAGGAUCAGGAAUAACACAAUGAAAGAAGGAACAAGCAGACAAGUUUGUAGAAAAUUUUGAACAAUACUUCCCACCCCAUAAACCAGUAAACAGACAGUAAAAGGAGUAACCAUUUCCAGAAGCGAUUGUCAGUUUAACAAUACUAGGAAGAAGACGAAGAAUCACCUAUUAGGACCAGGAACCGCAAUCAUGA